GAUUCCAUUACUAUGGCUUUUAUAAUUUUAUAUCCGGCCGUUGCCAUGCUGGCUCUGUUCAUCGUAGGAGUCAUAAUGAUUCUGUUGAGGUACGGCCCUGUUUUGUGCAAGGUGAGACAUCAUGCUCUGCCUGAUGAAUCCGAUUGGCACAGUAAGACGUAUGAACAGAAGAUUACGUAUGCUUGAAGGAAGGUAUGUUGGUUGUUUUGAAUGGUAAGGGAUUUUGUCUAAACGUCUAAGAAGAAGAAUCUCAUGCAAAUCUUUUAAAAUAUUACUAGGCCAUGUUAUGAAGAACUUUCCAUA